ACAAGUGGUAACAAAGUAACACAGACCUGAAUGAUGAUGAGCCUUCCGGAUCAGACAAAUCUCAAGAUCUGGACGAUGUGAAUGGAUGCUUGUGCAAAAUCUUUAAACAUUGAAUGGGUGCUACAGGGUAGAUCGGGACGAUUAUCAUGGCAAGCUAUGACUGUCAAAUGCAGGAGCAGGGCAGCAGUGGUUCACUAUCAUCACUAGCACAGGUAGCAACAAGAAGAGCAAAAUCAGAGGACAGAAACUCAAACGAAGAUGUUUCUAACACACACAACAAGAGAGAGCUUCCCUUCAGAAGACAGACAUACAGAAAAGUGUCUUCAGAUCCAGCAGGUCCAAAAGUUGAAGAGAUAAAAGAGGAGGUAGCGCCUUGCAGUGUCCCACCAGGUCCCGGCAUGCCAGCCUCUAUUUAUCAGACAAACCAUGGCCAGUUCAUUACCUUUACUCAGGAUGGUGCCAUCCAGCUGACCAGUGCUCUACCUAGGGGUCUACAGGGCCUGCAGCCUCUGACCAUGUCCAACUCUGGAAACCCCCAGUCUGCUGCAGCCAUCGUCCAGUAUUCCCAACAGUCAGGAGAUGGCACUCAGCAGUUCUAUAUGCAAGGCAAUAAGGUGAUGGUAAAAGCUUCCACUGGUGACAUGUCAGGCUACCAGAUUUGCACUCCCACCUCCAGCCUGCCCCAGGGCGUUGUGAUGGCCAGCUCCCCAGGCUCCCUGCACAGCCCCCCACUCAUGGCUGACGAGACCACACGCAAGAGACAACUCCGCCUCAUGAAGAACAGGCAAGCAGCCAAAGAGUGCCGGCGGAGGAAGAGAGAGUAUAUUCGAUGUCUGGAGACUCGCCUCACCAUGCUGGAGGCCCAGAACAAGAAGCUCAUGGACGAGCUAAACUACUUUAAGGAAAUUUAUGGAAUUAAGUCAAGUCAGUAACAGUACAGCAUAUUGUACAUACAUGCCCUGUAGAGACAUGCAAUUUAUGCCUAUCAUAACCAGCUACUGUACAUAGCAUUCCACAGUAAUAUGUUUAUUUUAAAUAACAUAUGCCAUGUCAAAACACAAUGCCUAUGGUUUUAAAUUGUUUUUAAAAUUCUUAUUGAAGAUCUGUUAUUUGAAGAUUUAUCAGACAAAAUGCUCCCAGAGGUUUAUCUUGAAUGACAUGUGGAGUCCCAGGCCUGCACAUUAUAGCAAUGUAUAGGCAUUAUUUUGCAGAGACUAGGGCUUGCAUAGAGAGUGCUCUAUCUUAAGUUACCUUUUACAAAGAAACUAACCAGCAUAUAUGUACUGUAUAUGAGGGAUAAAAAAUACAAAUAAAAAGUUUAUUGUACUAUUUCAUUACUAUUUAUUUAGUUGUUGUUUUUUAUUGUUAGAAAUCUUAAAUUCUUCAUGCACAGUGGUUUUUUGUUUUACAUUUUUGUAUUUAAUCUUCAUGAAGAGACAUUGUAUUGGUUGAAUGUAAAUUAAUAUAUACCCUUAUGUCACAGAGCACAAACCUGCCGUGACCAUAAUAGCUUUUGUUCAAAGUUCAUGUGUUUGUAAUGUUGUUAAAAGUUUGUCUAAAACAAUUCAGCUAAAAUAACCCAUGACCCUUCUUGAAUGUAUUUCUCUAAUCUGCACUAUUGUUCAAAUUCAAGUAUAUUGUUUUGUAAGUGAAAAACUCCUUAUAAUGCUUUGAUAUCAAUUUGAUUCUCAAAUAAAAUGUUUUACACAGCAUUAAAAAUCUA